UGCUUUUCCCUCUGAGAAACCAAUCUGAGAAACCAUCUCCUGACGUUGAAGGUAGGAAAAUUAUUCCAUAUUACUGGGUAGUCAUUAAAAAGAGAGAGAGACAAACAAACUGGAGCUCUGCUACCCAGCUGUUUAAAGGUGUGUGUUUUUCACCUCAGGUUUUGUACGCUCACAUGAUGGUUGCUGUGGCGUCUAGUAGCAAAAAUGAGUGUGUAUGAAUGGGAAAUGAGGUCAUCUAGUAUAUUGUAAGAACUGGUGGUAGGGCAUAGGCAGGGAAGCCUGCCGUAGGUGGAGCCAGAGCCAGUGACAGAGCCACUGAUUGUAAGCGAUAUAAUAAUAGCUGGGAGCUUUUGGAAAGCUCACUGACAAGGCAUGAAAGUGAAAUCCUUCCCCUGUUGUUUGUUCUCAGCAUCUGGAGUUCAGAAGCAGACUAUUCUGAACAUGGAUGCCUCAUUUAUCCAACAUGGAUUAUAACCAGUGCCAGAGCUACCUCAAUACAUUGUCAGGCAAUGUUUCAUAGCUAAAGGAAGAUCAGGCCAAUUGCAGCCUCACAUGCCAUUCUCUCAGGCAGGUUUCCGAAGAAGAAAAAAUGAGGCUUUUUAAUGGAAACCAGCAUGCACACAUAUUGGCCAGGACCGAAAGAACCACAUCAGUUCCAUAUGCUCAAGGCAUUUGUUUAGGUUAGUAGUUCUUAAACAGCAGCUCCCUGAGUUGCACGGCAAGGUUUUGAAACCGAGAGGUGCUUAAAAGCCCUUAAGAUAUGGUAGCAGUUCUGUCAUUCAAAGUGAAUGAGGUGGGGGUUUUUUUUAGAAAAAAAGAGGAGAAAAGGAAGAAACUCACUAGAGAGGCUCCAGCUCUUGGCUGCAUCUCAGACAGCUCUUUGGAUCCCAGCCUGUGAGUUUCAGCUGACAGCAAAGUAGAACUGUUUGGUUUCUUCAUUCCAUAUGCGUAUCUCAUCUUGUGCCUGACUAGGUGGUAGUCUCAUGACUUUAAAGAGGGGAUUACAUAGGGAGAUGAACAAUAAAAAGAUUCAGUGCCAUCCCCAUGCUAUGGCAAACGUUAUGACUAUUUGCCAUUUUUUACUGAAUCAUGUGACUAAUGGGUUUUGCUAAAGUAGCAGAAGAUGUCUUUUUACACACACACACACACACACACACACACACACACACACUUUGAUGAGUUUUGGACUUACUGUUAUACUGUUAGACAUUAGUUGCCUGUUGCAAUAUAUGCCUGAUGGCAGAUAAAGAACGGGAAAUAUGGGUGCUACUCUGACCUGUCCUAGUGGGAUAUUGGCCUGCUUGAAGUCUGCUGUUGUCAAGGCAACGCUUUGUCAGUGGAAAGCUGAGGCCAAGGUAUAGGAUGGUGAUGCUUUCGAAUGGGCUGGUCCUGUGAGGUUCUGAGCCGUGAGUACAGUAAGGCCUCAGGCUGCCUGGCCUCUGGCCCCUUCAGGAUGACUUAGGCCUGAGGUUGAAUUAUGAGCUAAUUUUAGGUUGGAAGUCUUGUAAUGAAAUGAUGAGGAUAUUGCUUUUAACCUGACUUGGUUUUAGGUAACUUCACUUAUUUAUUACCGUUGAAUCCUGUUUUUCCUUUGAAAACUUGCACAAGUGCUCUCAGGAUGGCUAUGCACAGAUACAAAAGUCACCGUAGGAAAGUACUUGUUCUAAAAUGUUUUGCUGCUAAUAUAAAUACGCCAACAUUUAUUCAAGCCCUGAAAUCAUAGGGCAUUUUUAGAGUCAAUGUACUAUUCCUAAAUUUCUUACUAAUUUAUGUGUAUAGCACAUAUAGUGCCCUAAGCCACUAAGACAAAAAGCUGUGAUUUGAGUGUUAAUUACGGCAUUGGUAACAGAGACAGCAUACAGCAAACAGCAUCUGAGCCCACCUUUGAUAGACACCUCCAUAAAUUUGCCUAAUGCCCUUUAAACUCAGCUAAGCUAGUGGUCAUCACCAUGGCUUGUUCCACAUAUUAAUUACUCCCUGUGUGAAAAAGUCAUUUCGUUCGUUCAUCCUGAAUAUUCUGUCAAAUCAGUUUAAUUUUAUCAACCUGAGAGGGAGGGGAAAGACCCUGAUCUACUUUCUAUACCCAUGUGUUCUUUUAGAAACCUCUAUCGUGUUAUCUUUUUUAUUGUAGCAGGUCCUUGUAGGGGAUUUGCUCCUGCCCUUUGGCCGUUUUAGAUACCCUUUUUUGCACCUUUUGCAAUGCUAUUUUUGAGAUAGCACUAACUACCCCUGCCCUGGUCUCUCAGGAUGAAAAAAGGUCCUUUUAUGCUGUAGCUGGCAACAGUAAUACAUAGAUUAACAAGUUCAGAAAUGGCAAAAGGGCUUAAUGUGAAAGGAAAUAAACAUGUUUAUCUUUAAGAGUGGUGGAAAAGAUUUCUUGGCUGUAUCCAUACAUAAAUGUCUCAUGACAAUAGAUUAUGAAUUGGACUGGGAAUGGGAGCAAGGCGGGAAUAAAAGGCCCUUUCUUCUAACGGUCUGACAUUGUUUAUGUGGAAUUUUAAUCAUGCUACACUUGAUGAACUGUGGGACCCACCUGACUUAGGAAAUGACAUGAGCUCUUUUUCCAUGUUGGUUGAGCAGACUAGUAAUAUAUUAAACCUCUUUUCCACUUAAACGCCAAGGACUUACACUGCAUGGUGUGGUUAGAAAAUCCCUCCAGUUGUGGAUCGAAUCAGCUGGCUGCUUGCCUGUCACAAGACUGCAGGGGCUGUGGUGGUGUAUGUAUGUGUUUACAUGUUACUUUGUAAUGCUGGGCUGUCUCGUACAAUAUGGCUGUGACAUGGGUGCUUGUGGAAAGGCCAUAGUGGGGCAGUGAUUCCAUGCAGGAGCAUCCGUGAGCACUCCAUAUCAUCCAGUCCUCAUCACCAUAAAAGUCUAGGGACAGGAGGAGAAGCCACAUGGGAGGGCCUCUUUUAACGCUCAUUUUUCUUUUGUUUUUUGUUUUUAAAAUGCCUCUCUUUCAAAGUUUGUCUUUCAUAACAAGGCUUAAUACUUGGAUAUAUUUAACAUUAAGGGAUGUGGGUGGUGCUGUGGGUUAAACCACAGAGCCUAGGGCUUGCUGAUCAGAAGGUCGGUGGUUUGAAUCCCCGUGACGGGGUGAGCUCCCGUUGUUCAGUCCCUGCUCCUGCCAACCUAGCAGUUUGAAAGCACGAAGUGCAAGUAGAUAAAUAGGUACCGCUCCGGCGGGAAGGUAAACGGCGUUUCCGUGCGCUCCUCUGGUUCGUCAGAAGCAGCUUAGUCAUGCUGGCCACAUGACCCAGAAGCUGUAUGCUGCCUCCCUCGGCCAGUGAAGAGAGAUGAGCGGCGCAACCCCAGAGUUGUCCACGACUGGACCUAACGGUCAGGGGUCCCUUUACCUUUAUAUUCAACAUUACACUGCAAAAUCAGUGUUGAAAAUGUUUGUUGUAGUUAGUGUGUGUAUAUAGCACAAUAACCAGAGAAAGAAAGGGUCCUGAGGAAUAAUUUCAUGUAGCCUGAAGCCCACCUAAAGGACAUUCAAGAGUGGAAGUUGAUUCACAUGAAAUAAAUUGCUAUGCAGAGCCUCUGCUGUAUUUUUUAAAAACCUUGGAUUGUAUCUAACUGUUGCAUUUCAUAAUAGUACGUAAAUAUAUUCAAAGGCCCUUUUUGUAUCAGGUGAUGGUGGUGAUGGCAAUAAUUAUUAAUAAUAAUGGAAUAUAGUAGUCUCAGGAAGCUUUCUCGUGGCAACCCCAUUGCAAACAUAAGUCCUAACUUAAGUGCUGGAUCUAGGCCUAUACAGUAUGGCCCACCAGCCUGAUCCUUUUCUGCACCCCUAGUCAGGGCCGGAUUUAGGUUUGAUGAGGCCCUAAGCUACUGAAGGUAAUAGGGCGCUUUAUAUGUCCAGCUGUCCUUUGUCAACAACAAAUUGCUGUUUUUUGUGUUCAAUAUAUGCUAUAUAGUAAUUUAUGGACCUAAACUGUGUUGCUGUAUGUAAGUUUUAUUUUUAUUUUUUUUAAUCUUAUAUUUUGGAAAUGUACAUCCAGUUGUUUUUCCUUUAAUUUUUUGGGGGGCCCCCAAGAGAGUGGGGCCCUAAGCUAUAGCUUGUUUAGCUUAUACAUAAAUCUGGCACUGUCCCUAGUCUAUGACCUGACCGGUUAGACAUAUUGGUGACUGCAGCAGACUGCAAGCAUGGACUUCCAAGAAUGAAAGCUCUCUGAAAGAACACAAUCCUGCUAGAGAUUUCAAGACUUUGAGCAUUCACUUAAAUCUGGGUAUGUGGAAGAGCAAUAGAGCAAAGGAAACCUCUGGGUCUUAGCUUAUACUUCUUGAGCAAACAACUGAGAUUUCUUUUUGGGUCUCAUAUUAUCCUUUAACAUUGCAUCUUCACACUGUUGUAAUCUGCUCCAGAACCUCAUGGUGAAGGACAGAUAAGAAAAUGUAAUAAUAGUAGUAGUAGUAGUAGUAAUAAUAAUAAUAAUAAUAAUAAUAAUAAUAAUAAUUAAUAAUUAACAGCAAUAAAUUCCCCAAAGUGGUAAAUGGGGAAAAGGCAUGUGAAGCCCUUGGCCAUCCCCUAGAGUUAAAGCCUUUGUUUUGUUGAAUUCAGACUUUAUCACCAGACCCUGCAUAUGAUGGUGGCAGACAUUUCAUGCUGCCUGAGUUUACUGCCCCAGGGCUGCCAUAUCUGCAGAAAGUUUUACUUUCCAUCAUGUCCUCCAGAUGCCUUUAAGCUCAGCCACUUAAUGUGAGAGCUGCUGAUUUAUUUAUAGCUGGCAUCUUAAUCACACUUGGAUAUUUUUAAAACGUCCUGCCUGGUGAUACUGGAGCUGCUUUCAUUAACUCUAUUUCCAUCAAAGCCCUAUUGCGUGAUGUAUGGACCAGUGAGGUAGAUCAGCCAAUCUGGCAGCAGCUUUUCUUUUGAGCUAAUAUAAUUAUAAAAAAGAGUAAACAAACAAAAAUGCUAUUGGGUGAGAGUAGAGCACAAGGACCAAGUUUUCAAAAAAGGCACGCUCCUUAAGGACAGUUUCUGGGUUAACAACAAUGUGCACUUUGGUUGCAGGACUCAUGGUGAAUGAGUUCAUAGUAACCCAAAUAUACAUUAACCUCCCAAAAAAGCCCCUUUUGACGGUUGAUGGCCGUCCUGAAUAACUGGGGAAGGGCCCUCCUGAGGAGAGGACAUAAUUGCUUUUUUGCAUUGGGUUUGGAUCUUAAAGUACUGUAAGUCCUCUGUGCCCAAUCACAAUUAUUAAUAUUUACUAAAUUUGUAUACCACUUUUCAUCCAUAGAUCUCAGGGCAGAGCCAGCUCUAGAUCUGAAGGGGCCCUGGGCAAUAUGUCCUUUUGUGGAGGGGCUUCACCUGUCUGUCCAUGGGCUGUGGUGGGCUCAUUUGACUGUGGUUGCAGUGCUCCAAGCAGUGGUGGGUAGCUGGGUCUAGCCACCCUGUUAACUUCUCACGACACCCCAGAGCAAUGCUUGCUCAGGGGGAAUUGUGGGGAAAUUAAAAGGGUGGCCAGAUCCAGCUGGCUGGUGCUGCUGAUGGAGCCACGUCUCAUACCCCACCCCAAGGGGCCGGCAUCAGCUGGAUAUGCCCGGUUUUGGGGCCCUGGUAGCUACCCAAGGGUGCCAGGUGAAAAUGCCAGCUCUGGUUUAAGAAGCCCCCUUUCAGAGAAGACAGAGGAGAAAAUGGAAAACAUUUAUUCCAUGAAUUUCUUAGGAUCCAAGCCAGCAUCUUUGUAGCAUUCUUUAAUAUAGCCCACAUAUAUAGGACUUUGUGGGGAAAUAUCAAGGGGAGCAGUUUUUCCUCAAGAAACCUCCUGAGACUCUCUAGUGCCAACCACUUCAGCUAAAAGUGCUAAAAGACUGAUAUGGCUGUAAGCACUUUAAAGGGGUGCUAGUUUUCAGAUAUCUCUGGAUGGGAGGAGAGGUGCGAUUUCAGGAAAGGAAAGGUUUGUCAAGGUCCAAGGCCCACUCAGUCAAGGUUAAGCUGCAAGAAACCAGAGUAUUUUAAGAACAUUUCUUGCAUUUCCCCCUUAUUUACACUGCAUCAUAAAAGCAGUAACUCAAAACAUUUGAUCUCCCCCUAUUAUCCUUCAAGGCUAAGAAAUUAAUGUGCUUGACACCCACAGUUUAUAUAUAAUCCCAUGUAUCUAGUGAGUGUCUCUUUAAGAGACAUGCCUGGUCAGUAAUAGAAACUCCUUUCUCUGGGUGUGGUUCCCUCCAUAGCUUAUAGCUGGGCCCUAAGGCUAACCUAUGUAGUAAGUCCCAGCUGCUCUGCCAAGGUGUUGAUUUGUUGUUCACAAAUAAAAUCAGCUCUUGAGGUUUUCCUGACUGCUGCUGCUUUCUGGCUCUAGGGCAGACCCAGAGCAAGGUUUCCAAACAGUGAGUACCCUUCCCAGACCCACAAGGUACUACAAUGUAUAGCGCUCAUUGCUGGUCAGGUUAGCCAGAAGAAUAGGUAUUCCAGUAAUUGCAUGGAUGAAGCAAUUGUACAAAGAAGUCUCAUAGCAAAGUACCCUUUUAAGAACAUAGUUUAAUUAUGUAAGCUUGAGUAGCCUUAGGCUUGUAAGGAAUGUAUAUCUGUAAUUCUUACCAGGUGGUGUCUAGCCUAAACAGAUACCUUCAAGAAAUAGGCAGAAAAAAGGGUCAGCAGAACAUAAUACAGUGUUAGAGCCAGAGAUGACAACAUCACAAAUUAGGUUUUUCUUUGUCCCAUUCUUGUGAAAGGUUUCUGCUCUUUGGGGUUCGCCAAGACAGUUGCUUUCCAGAACCUGAGAGCAUAACUAAGGACACUGUAUUUUUAAAGCACAUUCAACACACAUUAAAUGUAUAGUGUGGUUGUGCCUUGAGGCUAUUGUGGAAAUGUCCCUAGGAAUGGUAAUAGCAUUCCUCCACCCAUUCUGGGGCAGACUUGAGAUUUCUUUCCAUCUUAGAAUUGUGGAACUGUAGAGUUGGAAGGGACCCCAAGGGUCAUGUAGUCCAGCCCCCCUGCAAUGCAGAUGAGAUGGGGUGAGUGAACCACAAACCCCACCCUUCCACGAUGUUGCAGAGGCUUCUAGGGCACACUCAUAAAAUUCUACCAACAUGGUAGGCAUCCCUUGAGUUAUUCUUCCCCAAGCACCUUCCUAUUCUACCUGUAUGGUCAUGCUAGCUCUGCUCAGAAAACCUUCCCUCCAGCCUUUUACCAACAUCAAGUUAGGUUGUGCUGCCCUCUGCAGCUUGAGUGGGUCAAGGAGGCCCAGAAGAUGCUGUGUAAAUCAACUUUAUCAAGCUCUAGGUGCAAGGCUUUGAGAUGAGGCAAGAGGGCAAAUAAACUGCACAGCGGCACCCAUGGCUGCUGGUGCUGCCUGUUCUGGAAUUGGGCCAUUAUUAGCUUUGGUUUCUCUUGGUGCAGUCAAACAAUGGCAUUUGAUUCUAUGUGUUAGGCAGAUGUAUGUUGAUAACUCUAUCUGCUAUAUGAAUAUAUUGGCUCAUAGGGCAAGUCUGCUAAUUGGUCUGUGAUCGUUAUUUUUGCAGGUGGGGUGAAUCUAAGCACAUAGAUUCCAUUGAAUGCACUAUUUGUGUAUUGCCAAGUUAUUGAAUUUGGAUAAAUGGAUGGACUGAAGCAACUGGUGUCAAAACAAGCUAAGCUCUCUGAGCAGUUCUUGGUAUUUGCUUAGGCAAUUAAAAGGGGAAAUGCCCCCCCCCCAUCACCCUUCUGCUAGCAAGAAUGAUCAUGGCAGAUUCCAGUACUCUUCAGCCUUGACCCAUGCUUAGAGAGAUUGUUCCUGAUGUUACUGUGUGGAUUUGUAAUCAUCAGUGUGUAUGAGAGCUUUUCUAAUAUGUUGCAAUUCUGUGAUAGCAGAGUCAAGGAGUCGGGCAUAAGUGAUAACACUGCAGACAGCGCUGUAGAUUGGAGCCAUGCAGAUGGGAUUCUCCCCUCUAGUCGGGUGCAAUAGAUGGAAUGCGUUGGCUUUGGAUGUGGGAAACUCGGGUUCAGAUUCCUGUUUUAUCCAUGAAGCUCAAGUCACUGUUGUCAGGGUUAAGAUGAGAUAAAUCCACGCUAUUGUCCUGAGCUUUUAAGAAGAUAGAUAUGAUACAAAAGUGAUUUUAAAAGUCUUCAGUUACUUUUCCCACGCCAUCUGUUUCUUUCAGAUACUUUUAAACUAACUGUCAAUGUUGUGAAUCACACACAAUAAUUAUUCAUAGGAUAUUUGGCUAUACUGCCUUUCUUAAAUAAUUAAGAAUACACUGUGCAGUUUGUUUAUUUUUAUUCAUUUACAAAAAAAUAUUUGCAUACUGCAGUUUCAUUUAAAAAAAUCAAAGCAACAAUUUACAACAAUUAUAAUACAAUUAAGAACCACACAAAAAUGAAAACAGACGAGCACUUAGCUAUUAUGGAUGUUUUUUCUUAAUUGUCUGCAUGAUUGUCUUCAUGUUUUGGCAUUAACUGAAACACAAACAGAGCAGUUGUAGUUCACCUUGUUCUGUUUAUAACAUCUUAACUCUGUCCAAGAUGGUGCUUCUUAUCUUUCCUUCCAAACCUUCCUCCUCAAGUUUUUAUGAGACGGGUAAAGGCUUAUAUGAUAUGCAGUCUCUUACCACCCCGUUCCUUCGCUCAGACUGACACCCCCUGAGGCUGCUUUGAUUGUCAUCAUUGUGGGAAUGUUGUGCACAAUUGUAUGUUACGUCUAAUUUGGGUCUCUGCUGAAUGAAUGAGCGUACUGGGUCUGAUCCAGGAGCUUUUGUGCAUUAGUCCUUUCUCCCAGCAGUGAGACCGUUCAUUCAUUCAUUUAUUCCUAAAGUGACCUUUAUCUAAAUGAGUUAUAUUUCUAGUUUCCUACACUUACACCCAGUGUAGGAUCAAAGUUGUUUUUAUUGCUAUUCUUAGUGACUUGUUGAUCUUCCAGCAAAAGUGCAGUGCAAGCUUUGAGGUCUGAACUAUCUCAUUUAGUUUGGAGGAAUUUGUUACACAUUCGAUGAUGACCUCUCUGUUACCUGCCUCCGUUACCACACCUGUUCUAAAACCAUAUUGUGGAGUUCCUCAACUGGAAACUUUACUAAUUCCUACCCAAUUUCUCAAACAAAACGGGGUGCCCUUUAAGCCCACAUUUCACUGAUAGCAUAGGAAGUAUUUCUUGGUUGAUUAAAAAAAAAACCAAUGGCCCACAGCUGUGUGGAGAUGGGUUCAUUAUGUGUGUCUUUCUUAUGGAACAGGCACACUCUUUCCUUGCAGACAGCUGAUCACAUCAGAAACCAUGUCAUAGGCUGUAUCAGUAUUGCCUAGAAGCUUUUACAAAUUGCAUUAAUGCCAUGGCAUGAACCCAUGGAAAAGCUCCUGCCAUGCUAGGGUAACACUUAAAAGGCGAUUUGAGGUGGAAUUGUCCAGGAAGUUGUCCACUUCAUCUGAUUUUGCUUUUUAAAUGGAAGCUGAAUAGGUAAAUGGUGUAAAGACUUGUCAAUUUCACCUACAUGGUCAUGGUGUUACAGUACAAGAAUAGGUGCUUUACUUAGUACAUAACCAAUUUGCUUCAGCACCAACUCUUCACUAUAUCUUUGGUCCUCCACAUGUCACUGUUCCGUAGCAAGAUGAGGGCUUCAGCAGGAAGGCUAGUUCUGUCCACUGGAAAAUCAGAGUAUUCAGAAAUAUAUUGAACUCAGCCACACUAGUUUUUUUAAAAAAAAGGCAUUUAAAAUGCGUUAUAACACUGUGACACUAGAUGGCGCUGUAGUGUUUGAUCCUUCAUAAUUUCCCAUUAUGAGCUUUACAACGUGUUUUCCCAAAACAUUUUUUGAUGUGUCUAGAUCCAGCUGAAGUCCAUAAGUCUCUGGAAAUGGUCUGAUAAUGGGGUUGGUCAUCCACUGAUUCAUGGACCAGUUUACUUGUGGAAUCGCCUUGCCCCAUAUGUGCCCAAUCAACUGCUUCAAUUUGCAGAAGUGGCCACAUACUACUUGUUCCACAGUUUAAGAAAAUGAUUUUUUAGGUUGGCAGCACCCACACUUUGAAACUCCUGACUAUUGACAUUAGGCAGGUGCAUUCACUGUAUUUUUUCAGUGUCUGCUGAAAACAUUUUUGUUUAGUCAGUCCUAGCUAGAUGUUGCUUUGUUUACUGCUAGUUUUAAUUAAUUUUUAAUGUUUUGGUUGUUUUUUAACUGUUUUUAAAAUAAUUUUACUAUCUCUUGUAAACAGCUAAGAAGUUUUAUCAAGUGAUAUAUAAUUUAUUGUUCAAUUAAUCAAUUGAAACUUCUUCACCUGAAUUGACUGAAUAAUUCAAACAAACUGACACAUUAUGAAAGGUAGAAAGUACAAGAUGAUUUAGAAUGUAAUGAAUUAAAAGCUCAUCUCUUAAUUGUGAGAAGGGAGCAUUCAUGUUUAGAGUUCAGCCAUAUUUCACUAUUUUAAAUAUGCAUGUCCCAAGAAAGACAGUGUUUUGGUGACCAGCUAAGCUUAUCACGCCAAAAUGGUAAGUGUCACCUUUUGGUACUUGACCUAACCACGCUUCAGACACAGCUGUGCAGAAAAGCCUCCAGAGCCUAGUUGUUGAGGCAUUAAGGAUGGAGAACCUGUCAGGAAUGAUGCUGCUUUAGUUCACCAACAUCUGAAAGUCCACAGGUUGGAAGCAAGGUUGCUGAACAAAGCUGAAGCUUGCCUUACACAGCUCAGGGAAACUUCUCAACCAGAAUCAGCUAAAACCUAGGCAGAGUCCUUCUACCUACUCUUAGAAUAGUCAUUUAUGCGUUGCCCAAAAAGAGGAAAUACAUCCUGAAAAGGAGGACACAGAUUUGCAUACCAGUUGCAAAUGCUGCUUUCUACAACAGUGGGGAAGAUGGUGAUCAGGUGACCUGUGUGUCUUGCUCUAUCAGCUAACCAAGUGUUAACUGUUGCUGAACAGUUUUGAGGUCUCUGCUCUGCCCUCAUAGGAUUCUGUAUCAUUCAAUCCAGAGCAUUUGCAUCCGGCAGGCCUUCAAGGAGAGAAUGCCUUCAAAUACAGAACGGUACAGACUGCAUAAAGGCCCUUUGCUUACUUUUAGCACAGAGGUUGGGAACCUGAGGCCUUUGGGGGCUGAAUGCAGGCUUCUCUGCACAUCUCUUGGGACUCUGCCCAGGCCAUGCCCAUAGGUCAUACCUCUCUCUGUGCCUUCCUCACAUGCUUUUGCAUAGCUGGAAUGUAUCCUUGAACUGUGAUGAUACCCAGAUGGAGUGAUGUGUGUCUGGUCAUCCCCACCAUUGGUAUGCAGCUGCGCCAGAAGGUGACCUAAAAUGGAAUGUGGCCCCCAGGCUGCAAAGAGUUCCCCACCCCACCCCGGCUGUCAUGGAGGCUUCCUAAGCUUGGUCAGACAAGCUUAGGCAUUAUGCCACUCCCUUCCUCUUUGGGUGUGGGUGUUUUUCCUUGUGGCUCUAGCCCAGAGACUGUAGUGCCUUAAAUUCUGUGGGUUUUUCUGUACCUGUGUCUUGAGCUGGGGAUGGAGAAGAAAUUCUCUGUGAGGGUUUUGGUUGGUUGGUUGGUUGGUUGGUUGUAAGUUGCUUUGGGGUGCCCUGGGCAAGAUAAAGCGACUAACAAAUUUAAAUAGAUAGAUAGAUAAGGAACUGGAAACAGGAUUACACAGGAUCUCUUAUUUCAUAAGUUCCCCAGUGGAGAAACGGGCAUUGUUUCUCACUUUCAUUGGGAAAGUGUGGAGCGGAAUGUCCCGCUUCAAAGCAAAUCACACCAGAAAAGGCAGCACAAGUUUAAUGUGCCAUGUUGUGAAGUCCUUACCCUCCUAAAGGUGGGGAACACACAGCAAAGUCCUUCUGAAGUUUGGCUACCACCCAACCAGUGAUGCAAGAAUGCUUUAGUACCAGAUGGAAAAACAAAACACACAGGUCAAACUACAGUAGAAUGUUUAACUUUCCAUCCUAACUUGUCCUGCCCUCUGAUGAGGGUUAUCAGUUUUAUUUUAUUAUUUUUAAUGGGUGAUUUAAUAUCCUAAUUGUGGGACUUGGCCCACGUUCCACUCAAAUGUUUUAGCAAAGUCUCAUGUCAAGAAAAGAAUUGUGUUUUGGUGGUGUUGUUGUUUUUUAAUGCGGGGUGGCAGGGAGGGGGGAAUAAUGAUCUUCAGAGAGUCUGACCUCUUGGCACAACAGAGAGAUUUAUCAGAGGGGGCAUGUGACUAGUUAAGACACACAACCCCAGCUUGAAGGAAACAGCUGCUCAUUUAUGCUUUAACACUUGGCAGCUGGACAAAGAAGGGAGAUGUUUGUGUUGAAUACCUCCGCAGAACGAAGUACAGUAAGUAAUUUUCCUUGUUGUCGUUAGGCUGGGCGUGUGUUUGCAUUUUUAUAAAGCCAGGACUGCUUCCUACUUUCUCUUCAAGCGUCUUGCAAAAUCCCUGUGCAGCUGAGAUGCAGCUUGUCACCACUUCACUGAUCCAGUUCCAAAAACAGCAGUCUUUUCCAGGACCCAUUAUUAGCAAGACUCUCCUUUGUGUUAUAAAAUGGGGACCUGCCUUGCUGUGUUUUGCUUUAAGGAGGAAAAGGUAAAGUUGAAUAAAAUAGUUGACGGUUUGGCUUGCCAGGUUCAGGAGAGGACAGAGGUGGUGUUGCAGUGAUGGAGAAGCUGCUCCUGGGAAAGUUCUCCCUUCUGCAAAACAAUUACAGGUGUAAAAACCUGUCUUAGUUUGGAAGGGUGUGUGUCCCCUGUUAAUGGUCUGAUGAUUUUGUUUCCCUGUCACGUUACGAAGUGGGUCACAAUGUAAUGUCGUCUUUGUAUUUCACUUUAGCUGUCCCGCUGCUGUUUACAAAGGAAUUCAUUCAAAGCAGCACAGUUUCGGGAGCUGUGGUGUGAGGGGGGUGGGGAGGCAGAUGGAAGGGCUCUGACUUUUGGUUAAUAAAAAUGAAAUGAGCAGAAAUGCCCUAUUUCAUCAACUGUGCUUGAGAGCACUUCAGGAAACAUUUGCAUAACUAGUAUACAGAGAAGGGAAAACUAGCUUGCAACAGGCACCAGGCUUACUGCCAUUUAAUAUUUGCUCAUAUUUUGGGUGGGUGCGUGGUGUUACCAUCAUGCUCCUAGUGGGGGGCUGGCAGAUAGCAUGGGAGGGCGAUUGCCUGUGUGCCCUGCUUGAGAACUUCCUGGAAAUGACCCAUUGGUCACGUUCCUUUAAUUGGUCUUAUCUAAAGACUGUUCCCAAAGUACUAGCAUCAUAACAGUGUAAAAAACAGUGACUUUUCCAUUCAGUUUGUUCCAAAAUUACAUUGAAGUGUUAAAUGAUUGGCAGAAAAUUAUAGACCUUUCGGUUCAUUAAUAUAGUGUCAGGGUCAUGGGAAGUGAAACCAGACAGUAAUGAAAAUGGGCCCUAAGUGUAUCUUCUUAGAGUCUGGUUCUGAAUAGGGCAGAUCUCCCUUCUACGAUUUUAAUGUGUGUGUUUUUAUACAGCUGUUCCAAAUUUUGGAAUGUUUAUGUUGUAUUAAUUUAGCGUGAAGUGCCUUCGGAGGGUAUAUACUAGGCGUAGGGAACCUGUGGCCCUCCAGAUGUUUAUUGAGCUCCAGAUCCCAUCAGCCCAAACCUGCACUGCCAAUGGUCAGGGAUGAUGGGACUUCAACACAUCUGGAGGGCUGCAAGUUCCCCCACCCUGGUAUGCGCCCUAAAAGACAGAAUAGAAAUCUGUGUAGCGGUAUUAGUAGUAAUACAUAAUAAUCCCUUUCCCAGAACAUUUUCACACUAUGUUUAUUUCCCAGAAGUAACAAAAAAUGGUAACAGACCUUUUGCACAAUCUAGGCAAAGUUGCCCCAGAUUAUUGUAGGAGAACUCCAUUUUCCUACCAUUCAAACUGCACUGUGGAGUUGCUGGGAAAAUGGAUCCUUCAUCCAAGUGAAGGCUUGUCUCAAAAAGCGUUGUUGCCCAUGACAAAGGACAAAAUGGCAUUUUUUUUCUUUCCUGCCCUGUACCACAUACAUAAUCUUUGCCUUCUGGCAGUUCCCUCACUGUAAGAAGCGAAGUAACAGGGAACCAGGCAGAGGGCCUUCUUGGUAGUGGUGCCCGCCCUGUGGAAUGCCCUUCCAUCAGAUGUCAAAGAAAUAAACUAUCUGACUUUUAGAAGACAUCUGAAGGCAGCCCUGUUUAGGGAAGCUUUUAAUAUUUGAUGAAUUAUUGUAUUUUAACAUUUUGCUGGAAGCCGCCCAGAGUGGCUGGGGAAACCCAGCCAGAUGGCGGGGUAUAAUAAUAAUAAUAAUAAUAAUAAUAAUAAUAAUAAUAUUCCCAGACUAAGCUGAAUUGUACCUCAACGCUGGUAGUGGAGCAGUGUUCUCUGUCACACUUGAGGAAAAUAGGCUAGCUAAGAAAGGGUAGGGUAGGGUGGGUGGCACAAUGGCAGCUCUGCCGUCUAGCACCUCGCCAGCACCUGACACAAAAGGCAGCUGCCCUACUCUGUCUAACAGUAGGGCUGCCCCUGGAGAGCUCCCAUUGCUGUCAGUAGUGUUGAUUACAUUAUGAGGAACUAUUGCCUGGUGCUCUGUUCCCUCCACAUGUCUGCAUCACUUGGAAAACAUUUUUUAAAAGUUUUUUUUAAAAUAAAAAAAAAAAGUUGCUGCUUAAACAUGGGCUACUUUUCCUUAUUUUUAGCAGCUGAGUAUUUCUCACCGUUCCAUUGCAGUUGGAGUACCUAUGUACCCUCCUAACAAUCUGAUGAACAGCAAAAAUCUAUUGCAUACGAGCUGCAAACAAAUGAUUUUCACUAAUUUAUUGUAGUUGAGUGUUCUGGAUUGAGACCUUGAUGUGUGUGUUUGCGUGAACUAUUCCUUUUGUUCCAUUUCAAUGAAAAUCUCCUCCCCUCCCCUCAGCUUCCAGUAGCCCAGAUAGGAAAAAUAUAUUUGCACACUUUGGGAAAAUAUAUCAUAGCAAACAACAGCUUUGGGGGGCAGUUUUCAUUGGGGGAAGCAUCAAGGAGGAAAGGGUCAAUUCCCCUACCCUGUGCCACAGUCCCGAUCCAGAUCAACCCAUCCCACCAACAGCUGCUCUUUGUAAACUUUUGUGAGUGGAGAUGUAGUCACAUAUUUCUUUUGUCAUGUCUAGUUUGGCCCUCAGAUCCUUUGAGCUGAUGAUGCUCAGGAUUCAACCUGGGACCAUCUACAACCAAAGCAUGCCCUCUGCCACUCUUCUGAGAAUGGACAUUCCUUAGUGGUAGAACAUCUCCUUCAUAUGUAGAAGGUCCCAGGUUCAAUCCCAAGCAUUGCUAGGUAGGGUUGGGAGAGACCCUUGCCUUGAAACCCUGGAGAGCUGCUGCCAGUCAGUGUAACUGAUACUCGGCUAGAUGGGCCAUUAUAGGGUUGCCAUAUAUCCUCUUUUUCCAGGACAAGUCCUCUUUUCCAUGGGUAUGUAAAAUGAAAGUCGUCAUAGGAGAUCCAUAGUUAAAAACUGGCAAAUGUGUCCUCUUUUUUGCUCUUCAAAAUAUGGCAACCCUAGCACCAAUAAGGAUGACAUUGUAUACCAUAUUAUAUAAGGCAGCUUGCUACAUUGAGCCAUCCUGCAUCUUUAACUGUUGUGAAACAGAGAAUCUGAUUUUGUACAACAUUUCUGACCCUAGCUUCCAAAGCAGCACUUAGCAAAGAAUAAAUGAAGGGAAAGGAGCCGGGCUUGGUUGAUUUUUGCCCAAAACAGAGCCUUACAUUUACAUGUUCAGGGGGAGUGCUCUAACCACUAGCAUCUCCUUCCCCUUUGCCAGUUACUAAGAGGUUAGAUCUAAGAUUGCAGUCCUUAGCAAGGGCAUAUUAAAAUGUGUUAUCUCCCCAUCACUACUUAUUUUUCUGUGGUUUUUGGCCUUUCCCUCUAUUCGAUGCUGUCUCUACAGUGUAUGAGCUCCUCUGUGAUUUGUACAUGUUUUUGUUUUGUUUUUUUACCGAGUAAGUGGAAUUCCAUGAGAGAGGGAGAAUGGACAACCGGUCAGCAGCAGCAGCAGGCCAGGAAUGUGUGAAGUGGCAGCUCCCACUUAGGAGUUGCUAGAAACAACACAUGGAUUUUCCAUUCAGCUGGAGGCUGAUAAUGUCUUUGCUGCAAUUGGGGAGAUGAAUGGGCAGUAGAAAGAAAACACUCCUGAGCACCAGGAACAAAACACUAUAGGCAGAGAUCAAGACAUAAAGCAAAAUAACACAGUCCUGCUAGAUUGCUGGAAAAGGUGCUGUGCAAAGUCGAGGCACUGAAUAUGUAGCAAUGUAGGCCCCAGUCCCCAAGAACUAAGCCAGUCCCAAAGCCAGGAACAAUCUUACAGGUGGAAAUUCCUGGCUGUCCUUUUGGUACUCACAGCCUGUACUUUUAUGUGUGUGAGACAGAACAACCUGAAGGUUGCCAACUUUUCUCCUGCCUGGGAUCCCACAACUUUUAACAGCUGAUUAAUGAGCAAAAAUAUAGCAGGCAAAGCUUCUCCUGUCUGUUACACUAUCAGAAGUUUUGCUUACUAAAUUUCUGGUUCUCCCAUCACACUGCUCUUAAAGUCACAGUCCUGCCAGGGUGGGGGAAGCUGGCAAUCCUACCUGAAUGGUAUAGCUCAGGUGUGGGGAACCUCUGUCCCAUGGACCUGUGGCCCUCAGGGUUCUCCUCAGGCCAUGGCCACUCUCCCCAAGCCCCAGAUGGGCAUCUGCGGGGACUCUUGGGGGAGGGCAAACUAAAACACUGAAAGGAGGAGCAGUCUAGUUUCUUGCAAAUGAAAUGAAAUGAGAAGGAUAGUGCCUGCACAUUUUGCCUGAUAUGUCAGGUUCUACAAAUGCUAGCAACUUACUCAAAAGAAAGAAAGAAAGAAAGAAGAGCUUUUUUAAAAUACUGAGAUUAAGAUUGGGGAAGGGUAUCACUUCCCCUGGCCCUCCCCCUCCCCGCAGCCACUGUGCUCCCCAGCCCCAAUCUGCAAGUGCUUUUGCCCGACUGGAAUAUGUUCACAAACUGUGAUAAUGCCUCUUGCUUACUUAGAUGGAGAGGGAGAUUUGAAGCCAUAAUGGAGGCUACUCUCAAAAGGUACAAGUCAUAUCUGUUGCCACACUGACUUUUGGUCCUGUCCUUGCCUGCGAUCGGCAUGUGGCCUCUGGAACGUUGCCUACGAGAGAAUACAGCCCUCAGUCUGAAAAAGGUUCCUUGCUCCUGGUGUAGAUAUAUAAACAAGAAGAGCUGGUUCUGCUGAGAAGUUGCAUUUCACUUCUUGUAUGGGCAUAUUAUCAUCAUCAUCAUCAUCAUCAUCAUCAUCAUCUUUAAAAAGAUGAGCUGAACCAUAAAUGUUUGGCCCACAUAUAAAACUGCAGUCUGGUUCUCUCUCCUCCCCACCUUAUUUCUUUUUCCAGUUUUCUGGUGAAGUGGUACAGAUAAUGCAACUGACAGACAUCUAAUGGAGCCUCGGUUGCCACUGCUGCCGCCGCUGCUGCCCUUCUCUGAUGUGGUGGAAGUGUAUUCGUUCUUUUAACAAUUAAAGGACGAUGGGGUCCAAUACACUUGGGAAAGCCGCAACGUUGGAUGAACUUUUAAGCACCUGCAUUAAAAUGUUCGGUAUGAGUCUUCUUUUCUUCCCAAGUCCAUCAUAAGCUUUUGUGAACUCACUGUGUCGGAUCUGACAAAAUGGCCUUGAGUCCAUGAAAGCUUAUGCCAUAAAAAAAGUGCUUAGUCUUUUCAGGUGCCACAAGAGACCCUUGAAUGGUCUAGUAAAAAUGUAAUUCAUCCUAGUAGAGAUUUUGGUCUCUUGAGUAGGUGGGUUUCCCCUCCCCUGAAAUAAUGCUGCAUGUGUGCUAUUGGCACAUAUAUAAUCAUAGUGAUCUGGAUGUGGUUAUUUUGGGGGGGAGGGGAGGAAGAUGGGAAAUCCUGAGGUGGACUAUGAAGUUGCUGAGCCUAUGCAAAGUCAACCCAUUGCCAAACAAGAAAAGGGGGGGGGGGGGAGAAAUUAACAAGAUGCUGCUUGGGGCUGGAUGUGAAAUGGGUUGAAUGCUGCAAAGUCAGCUGAGGUUUGUUUGUUUGUUUGUUUUAAAGAAAAAAGUUAGGAUAAGAAAAUGUUAGUUUGGACAAUGGAUUGGAAGAGAGACGUUAUAAAAUAUUUAGCAAGACUAAUCGAGGGUUUGUAGAACUGUUAUUAUCUUGAUCCUUUUCACACAUUUCAUUCUUCCUGCAUAAAGGAAACUUCUGUGUAUCGUUUGUAGUGUUUUCUUUGUUGCAUGUUUGCUGAGAGGGAUAGUGGCAUGAUCAACUGCUGUGGUAAAAAGGAUACUCUCACCUCAGUUGAAAUGUUGCAGAACAUGCUGUUUCUUACACAAAUAUUACCACUGUGUAGGGAAAAUGUAAUGUGUGAAGCAACCUUCAAGACAUGAAGGCACAAAAUGCUCCCGAGGUUAAAAUCGUGUCACCUUGGAAAAACAGCUGGUGUACACACAUCCUUAUACUGAUAUCAUGGGUGAGUUAUUCUUUCUUUAUAAAUGUGCUCAUCUCACUGCUAAUGAUAGUAAGCUAUAUUUUUUUUACCUUUCCUAAUAUCACUUUAGAAAGUGUGUGUGUAUGAGAGAGAUGUCCAUUUGACUUUUUAAUGUGCCUAUUUUUACAUGGUACCAUUCAUUAAUGCACGUUAUCCACCUUGGAAUGUUAUAUAUCUGUUUUUGCAGAUCACAGAGGGGAACUGAGUAACAGUCAUCUGCCACGAACCUUCCUUUUAAUGCACCGAUGGUAUCUACCAUCCACAGAACUGGCAGGAAAACUUCUCUCCCUAUAUCCUUUUGGAUACUCUAUUUAUUGAAUAGUAGUUACUUGUAUGAUUUCAGUGUAGAUAGCUUUUUAGCAAUGAACUUGAAUAAUCUUGGAUUUUCUCCUUUGACUUCAAACUGGUCAUCAUUGGAAGGAAUGGUGUAUACACCACUGUAUGCAUUCUAUACAUUAUAGAAUGGCUAUUUUGGAAAGACUUGCUGUAUUGCUGGAGACUAAUGGCCAUUGUUAGCAGUGGGUCAAAUUAAUUGGCCUCCUGUAUUCUAGACAUUUUCUUGGUGACUUUUUCAUUAUUCUGUUUGGUUUAUCUUAUUUAAAAUACUCCUGUCCACACUUCCAUCACAAUAUGGCACCAAGACAGGGUAUAAUAAAAAUAUAAUAUACUUGCAAAACCAAGUGCUGUGUUGAAUAUAGUGUUUAUCAUUUUAUCAAGUGCUUAAUUGAACAAGAAAAUGGAACCUUAGCAAGCCACUGAAACCAAAAGGCAUGGCUUUUUCUUUAACUAAGCUACAUAUAGAGCUGCUAGUGGGGAAAACUGCAGUGAAAUUCGCUUAAAAAUCUGCUACUUCAUGAGGUAAAUGCAAUUUUGCUCCACUUGGAAGUUUGUAUGUUUUCUGAAUAAUUAAAAAAACCACUUUGUGUCCUCUCUUGAAAACCUGCUUUUGCUCCCACGCCUUUGUGGUGGUUAAUUUCAGUAGAUACAUUUUAUUAGAACUUCACAUAUUAUUAAAAUCAGUAGAAUUUAGAGGAGAACAACUCAGAAUUCUGAUGAUUUUAAUAUGGAUGUGCUCCCCCCCCCAUUUGUUUACACCACCCCAAGAUUUCUGUGCUAGGUGGUAUAGAAAUGUUUUGAGAGACUAUAAAUGUUUGCAUGGCAGGGAAAGCUUUCAUGGUUAGGGAUCAUCCCAUCAUUACACCAGUGUGUGAUGGAUGAACCCACACCCAAAGGACUACUGCCGCCAGUGCAAUUCAAGGCCCAAAGUUCUCUCCAACCGAGCUGUCAAUUCAUUUGAUUUAAGGGAGGCUCAUUUCCCAAAAGGUGGAGUAAGUUAGGCUUUUAGCACAAAGUUGCUCCAUGGCUUGAUAUCUAAAUAACUCUGCUGUCAUGAUUUCAGAUACUGGAUUUUGGAAUUUCCUGCAGAAUUCAAUCUGGACCUUGGUUUGGUUCGUCUGACUGAGGAGUUUCAAGAACUAGCCAGCCACCUAGGUUAUGAAGAGCACAUCCAUCUUAUUGAUAUCUCUAGCAUGUAAGGAUUACCAUCUGUGAGGACUGAUUAUUCAGCCAGGACUUCCUAGUAAGAUUGAAUAUUGAUAUUGACAGCCGUGGCAAAACAGCAAAAAGGGUAAAGGAGGUGGGAGAGAACAAUAAUUAGGUAACUUGUCAUCCCAGUACUGAUCAUUGUAACAUUUUUUUAAAUUCCUCUUCUUGUUCUUUGUGGUGUUAUUUUUUUUAUUAGAAAAAAGCCACUAGUUAAAAUAAAUACAAAAUUUGGAACGUGUCUCUCUGAUGUGUAAUGAAGUAGAACUCUGUGUUUGCUACUUCAGUUGACUGCUAUUAGCAAUGAUAACUAAAUUGACUCACCAGGUUCAGAAGUAAUAUAUGUCUGAAUGCCAUUUGCUGGGGACAAACAAGAAAGAAAGAGAGCUGUUGCCUUCAUGCCCUGGAUUUGUGCACCACCUGGAGGAAGGACCAGGCCAGCCAGCAGCAGCAGCUGUUGAGGUGGCACAGGAGAGACACCAUUACUCUCCUGUCUUCCCAACACAAUGAGCCUCUGGCGCUUACCGAGAGGGAAGAGGGAGUUGUGGGGAACUUGGCCCACUGCAGCAAAUUGUAAAGGAGCCAGUCUGACACUCGCUGCCAUUCAUGGCAUGGGACAAAGCUCCUCACCCCUCCACUCUCACUAUGCAUUCACCCAUGUCUGCUGUGUUGGAAAGACAGGAGAGCAAUGGUGCCCCCCAUACACACACUGCCUCACUGGCUGCUACUGACAUCAACUACCAUUAGAAACUGAGGUGCUGGAUGUAAUGGGCCCUUGUUCUGAUCCAACAGAGCUAUUCUUACAGACUCGUCUUCAGAAAGUUUCAAAACAGUUCUCUGUUUAGGUAAGACAUAGCUAAAUUGGUUUUUAUUUCCUUUUUUGUGGAACAUCUAAAUUGAAGGAGAUAUCACUGUUUGACUUCACACAAACAAAAUGCAGGGUUUUUUUGGCAGUGCCAUCACUGGGUUCUAGUUCCAUGUUUGUAUUAUUGGGUGUCAGAUCCUGAAAGUGGCUUCAUCAUUCUCUCUUGCAGUCCCUCUUAUGACUGGAUGAGGAGAGUCACACAAAGGAAAAAACCUUCCAAGAAGGGAAAAGCUUGUUUGCUGUUUGAUCACCUGGAACCCAUUGAGCUUGCCGAGCACCUCACUUUUCUGGAGCAUAAAUCUUUCAGAAGGAUCUCGGUAAGAAACCUACAAUUUCUUACGGCACUUGGGCUUUACAGCUCCUAUUGCCCAUUUCCAUGACUCUGGAUAUACAUUACAUCAAAUCUCAAACCAUGUAACACCAUGUGCAUUACUUCCCCCAACGAUUUCUGGCAACUGUAGCUGUAGAGCCACAAUUCCCAGCACCUUUAACAAAUUACAUUCCCUGGGAUUCUUUGGGUGAAGUCAAGAUAUUUAAAUGCGCUUUAAAUGAAUGGUGUGUAUACAGCCUCAGUGCUGGCUGAUCCGUGUCUACUCAUUGCUUGUUGGAUGUAGCAUUCUGGGGUCAUCAGUGCAGUGCCUGUAGGCACCCUUAUUUUUCCUUCCACCCACAAAACCUGUUACACCUUCCCUGCCCCCAUGCUUACUUCUCUCUUCAUUGUGAUGUGGAAAGAGUAGUUAUCUUACCACUACCUUCACCUUGAAAAGCACCUAAAGGUGAAAGAGGAAGUAAGAACAGCAGUGCUCUUUUCUACUUCUUCUUUCGGCUUGGUGCACUUUUCAAGGUUUAGUUUGGCACCUGAUGCGCUGAACAGAAAGGGGAAUGACUGAAAGUCUAAGAUGGAAAGGAGAGUGAUGUAGGAGACAUGGGGAGGAAAAACAGAAUGAUUGUAGACGGCUGCCAGAAAUGGGGGUGCCACAGGAGUUGGGGGAUAUUGUGUCUAUGAGAGAGGAGGUGUGCAUAUGCAAACACACAAACUGGGUCCAGUAAAGUAGAUCCUGUUGAAAUUGCUUAUUUUUUAAUGAGUUUCCCCCUCCAAAUCACCUACAAAUCACAGGUCACAUGUGUCCCAUUAACUGAGCCAUGAAAAUAAUGGAUCGGAUGCUUUCCAGCACUACUGUGAUAAAAAAAAUAUGGAUCCAAAACACAGAUCCUUAAAGAUCCGCAUAGUUUUUACAAGGGAACUGCUUAGAACCACCAUCAAAUCAUCAGGCACCUUUGUGUCCACAGACGUUUUCUGUAUUUCAUUGGUGGUUUUGUUGGCAUCCUUUGUAAACAAAUGGGGAAGUUCCAUGAGGAUCUAAUGUCUUGGAUCAAGGUGUUCGUGCUGCUUGCUGCUGGCAAGCUGCAGAUCUGUGGGUGGGAUUCAGCUAAUGAGUCCCAUAAGUGUAAGCCCUGCACAAGGACUUCUGCUUAUGCUCAGGUUUCAUUUUUGAAAAGAAAUAUUGCAGAGAUACCACAAGGCUUCACUGUGUUUCCUCAUCCAAACAGAAAUGAAAGCUAGUAGUGCUCCCUGUCCCUGUCAAGGAUGCGCAGUGUUCAUCAAACAAUAAUUAAAUUAUGUGCACUGAGGACUUUUUUUUUUAAAGGUCAGAUUUCCUAAGUUACAGAUCUUAUCAGGGAAUGUUGGUCUACUCCAGUAUAUGUCCUUUUUGUGGUUUAGAAAAGCCAUAUAACAAUGAAUUUGUCUAGUUUACAGAUUAUCAGAGCUAUGUGAUCCAUGGUUGCCUGGAGAACAACCCAACUCUGGAAAGAUCAAUCGCUUUAUUUAAUGGCAUCUCCAAGUGGGUCCAGUUGAUGGUCCUUAGCAAACCAACCCCUCAGCAAAGGGCAGAAGUAAUCACAAAAUUCAUCAAUGUUGCACAGGUAAUAAUGACCUUGGAAUGAAAUACUGUGGGAUGGAGGUCCAAAAUAAAGAGGGUAUGUAGGAAGCCCAGAUACAGUGUUCAUAGUAAGGAUUAUGUUUACAUUCUGUUUAUCCCAGUGUUACUCCAGGUAUCUUGAUAUUGUUCCUAAUAUAAGUGGCUAGUUGGCAAGGGGUGGGGAAGGCAACAAACAGUGCUGGUGGCAAAGGACAUCCUUUUCUUGUACCUCUGUAAAUUAUUGACUGUGAAAGGGAUUUGCUGUUGUAAAUUCUUGCUGUAGAUUUGUUGUAUAUCAAAGAUAUUGUUCUCCUGCAUUAAAAUUUUCCAGUGCAAAAACUUCCACUCUAGCCAAUCAAAUGUUUUCUCUGCAUAGAGAAAAUAAGUGCUGCCUAUAUUUGAUUAUUAUCAACUUGUUAAGCCUUUCUGCUAUGAUAGCUGUCCAGUUUUGGAUGCUUUGAACCUUAGAGUAAGAGAUCUGUACCUAAAUGGGCUAUAAUUACCAUUUCAGCUUCUGCUCAUGCCUUUUGUAACAACUAAAUUGUAGCUAUGGCAUUAUUAUGCAUAUUAAUUGUUGAACUAUGCAUUCUUCAAUUUUCUUAUAAAAUACAGUGGUGAAUCCUACUGUCAUGGGUGAUUUAUUGUUCAUAAGGUUUAUAUUAGUUUUGUUUGCUUCUUGAUAGGAACUUCUAAAAUAUUUGAUUCAAGAUUAGAGGAUUUUGGUAAUAUUAUUCCAGCUAAGAAUUCAUCAUUUACACAUUUAGGUGGGUUUGGGGAUGUCCCAGUAAAGUUCAUUUAUUAAUAUCUCUACUAGGAUAGUUUGAAGAGAGAAAAAAGAAAUUCAGUUUGGCAAACAAUUUUUUGCCUUUCAUUUUUAACAUAGUUCUCAUCAGGCACCAUGCCAACAGUCAAGAGCUAUUAUUCUAGGCCUUGCACAUUGGAACAAAUAACUAUAAGGUAAAAGGGUAAAGGACCGCUGGAUGGUUAAGUCCAGUCAAAGUUGACUAUGGGGUUGUGGCGCUCAUCUUGCUUUCCGGCCAAGGAAGCUGGCAUUUGUCCACAGACAGCUUUCUGGGUCAUGUGGCCAGCAUGACUAAACCACUACUGGUGCACAGAGGACUGUGACAAGUGCCACAGCACACGGAAGUGCCGUUUACCUUCCUGCCGCAACAGUACCUAUUUAUUUACUUGCACUGGCAUGCUUUCAAACUGCUUAGGUUGGCAGGACCUUUGCUUGUUAUUAUCAGUUGGAUUAUCUAGUAAGUGUGUGUAUGAUUGCAGAUAGAGCCAUACAUUUGGCUUGUUAGAACAAUGAAACAGGUAACAUUUCAUCAACAAGUAAGCAAUGUGUCUAAUUUCUCUACAGAAACUUCUUCAUCUUCAAAAUUUCAAUACCCUGAUGGCUGUUGUGGGAGGACUAAGCCAUAGCUCUAUUUCACGUCUCAAAGAAACUCAUUCUCACCUUUCCUCAGAAGUUUCAAAGGUAUGACAGCACCUCUCUUGUAAUGGACUCAACGUCUGUGUAAAUAUUAUAUAGAGGAACAUGAGCAAACUCAAAUGUAAUCUUUCAAAAAGAUGUCCUUUCUUACUGGAAUAAGGGAGACUGAGAACAAGUGAAGGUGCCUCAUACUGAGUCAGGCCUUUGGCCCAUCUAGCCCAGUCUGUUUAUUAGCAGCAUCUCACCAACAUCUUGGGCAGGAUUCUUUCCCACCCCACUAUCUCUUUUUUAACUGGAGGUUCUGGUGAUUGAACUUGGACUUCCUGCAUGCAAACUAUGUGAACUCCUUCUGAGCUAUGAUGUUUCCUCAAAAAUGUGCUGGAAGAAAUCGUGUGAGUUGCUUCUGUUAUUGGAUCAUGCCCCUCACCACCAUCCCCCCCCCCCAAGAAAAGGUUUCCAGUCCUCCCAGUAUGAUUUUCCUAAGCGCUGCCUCUUUAAGAUAAAUCAAAGCAAUGUUAAGGAUGCUUUUGCGGAGUUUGCUUCUUCUUUACCUUGUUUACAGGACUGGAACGAAAUGACCGAGCUAGUCUCUUCCAAUGGGAACUACUGCAGCUACCGCAAAGCUUUUGCUGAUUGUGUUGGCUUCAAAAUCCCAAUCUUAGGAGUCCACCUGAAGGACCUGAUAGCUGUUCAUGUCGUCUUUCCAGACUGGAUCAAUGAGAACAAAGUCAACAUAGUAAAAAUGCAGCAGCUUUCAGUCACCUUGAGUGAGCUGGUUUCCCUGCAGACUGCUUCUCACCAUCUUGAGCCAAACAUGGAUUUAAUUAACCUGCUAACAGUAAGUUCCGUUAAAUUUGAAUUUGAAAACAUUCCUUUUCCUUCCAUCACUGUUUCCUUUGAGGGCAAGGAGGAGAUGUAAAAGGCAGGGGUGAAUUUGUUAGACUUACUAAUAGAACAGAUUGCACAUUUUCUGGGGAAAAACCCAAAUAAAUUAGAGAGAAAUAAAAAUGAUAAAGACGUGAGAAUAUUCAGAUACCAGCUAGGUGGGAAUUAACCUGCAAAGAGACUUACUUCAUUUCUUCAAAUACUUCAUUUUACGCUGUAGAUUAUUCAUUUCACAACUUUGAUGAACAAUUUGCACACAUAAUUUAUCCUUGUCGUAUGAUAAAAUAAAUUCACACCCUCUGCUAAAUGUGCACUGAUAUUGGCCUGGUUUGUACAACAUGGUAAACCAAACUAUGGCUUCCAGUUCAUGGUUAGUAAGGAGAGAACUGAACCACAAGCCUGGGUUUGGGCAACACACUAAGCCAAAGCUUAAUGGCCCCUCAGGAUUUUAUUCAAGUUGGCAUCCCUGCAUAUGCCCCUCCACACACAUGCACACAAGUAGUAGCACUGCUGCAUAGCCUGCUUAUUAAAAUUCCUUCAGCCUUUUUUUAAAGUCUUAAUUUGUGUGUCACAGCGAUGGGGCAGGGCAGUGAAUGAAUAUUGAAAGCUACAUAACAGAACAAUAAACAAAUUUGGGUGUACUCUCUCUGUUUUCUUUCACACAAUUAUUUUUGCAGGCACACAUUUUCCCUUCUGAACCACAAUGUUAGCUGAAGCUCCUUUAAUACAACUCACAGUUUGGCACAUCUCCAUGCCAAUACUGAAGUGCAGGGCAGCGAGGCAGCCUCCAUGGCCAGGAGAGGGUCUGAUCCUCCCUGGGAUCUUGUGGGGUCUCACAAGCUCACAUGGCCCUUUAAAGGGUCUGGCCACCCAGCAUCAUGUUCUCUCUCCAACUUGUCCUGUGACUCAGCGUUCACAUUCUCAGCAUUCUUUCUCCAGCAAUGGCUGACCAGAAAGAUUCAUAAGCAUGAAGAUGCAAUUGUGAUAUCCACCCCAUGCAGUUGGUUCUCAUAGUUAGGUAGCCAGAGAGAGCCAGCUUUAAUAGGGAGGGUGUCCAUGUGGCUGUUGUAGCUGGAAGCCAAGAGAACUCUUUCCAUAUUAAAAAAUAAAUAUUUUAUGUUCAGCAUCUGAAUGUCAGUUGACAGCAAAGGAACAUAUUAUUAUCUUUGUAACAUUUCUACCUCUGCUCUCACACUGUAAGGUAAAAGGUAAAGGGACCCCUGACCGUUAGGUCCAGUUGUGGCCAACUCUGGGGUUGCGGCGCUCAUCUCACUUUAUUGGCUGAGGGAGCCGGAAUACAGCUUCCGGGUCAUGUGGCCAGCAUGACAAAGCCGCUUCUGGCGAACCAGAGCAGCGCACGGAAACGCUGUUUACCUUCCCGCCGGAGCAGUACCUAUUUAUCUACUUGCACUUUGAUGUGCUUUCAAACUGCUAGGUUGGCAGGGCUCUCACACUGUAGUACAGUAUAAAUAACAGUUCAGAAGCAGCCUUCUGCAGCUUGCCCAAAUGGGGUCAAUUCAGAUUAUGAGGAGCGCUGUAUUUUACACUCUUGUUUCCUCUGGAAUCCUUGGUCCAGUUUUAUAUCUGGAUAUUUGGUAUUCUUCCAUUCUAUUCUUUGCUCAUAUAAAUACAUUGAAACUUUCCCCACCCUGAUAGAUACGGCUGCAGCAAAAUAACAAGAUGACUGAAGGGGAAAGUGGGCUGCAGGAAGAUUGCAUGCAGUUCACGUCACUGCAGCAGUCUGAACAUUGGCAGCAGCUGUUGGUGUUGACGUGCGCUUUGCUGAAUUUUAUAUAAUUCAAUCUGUAUAAGGAGCUGAAGUGCAAAAUGGGCUUCUUUCAGCUUUGCUAAAGCAUUAGUGAGAGCAAACCUCGUAUCUCCUAUAGCAAAAUACAGAGAAGCUUCCCUGGAGGAUUCUUGCCCUGAUAAUUUGUUGCAGUUAUUGUUUACAUUUUCAGGACUGCAAUAAUAAUAAUUAUAAUUAUAAUAAAUUUUAAGACACUCAAGGCCAUUCUUUCAAAGACUCAUUACAAAACUGCCACUGCCUUUCCUAUAAUCAAAACUAAUCAGUUUUAGCAUUGAGGCGGCAUUGCAGAAGUAAUGUCCACUGCAGCUGGUACAACAUGCAGGCCUCCAUCCCUGUGUCUAGUGGGGCUGUGGGUUUGGAUCAACACGAGCUACUUCAAAACUUACAGUGUUUAAAGACAUAGCCUGGGAUUCAAAGAAACACUUCAGGGAAUAAGGGUUGUGCAGUGGGAUCUUUAUUCAACCACCUUUGAAAUGGAAGCACCCUGAAAUGGAUGUGACUUGGUACUUUUGGAUUAGCAUAUUUCCCUUUUCUACCUUCAUGACCCAUUAGCAUACCAGGAAGCUAGCCUGGCUAUUCCAGGAAUUUGAAUCCUUGCUUAGAUUUUAACACUUGCCGUAUCCAGAAAUUAGAAGGGUCUUGGCUUCCUACUCCCCACCCCAAACUCCAGAACAGUAUUAUUUAGAAUAAGUGAAUUUAAGGCUGUUGUCCCUUGGCCCUAAAUCAGAAACAAAGGAUGUAAAUGUGGUUUUUUUCUCACAUUCAUCUCUUGUUUUCCUUGCACUUUCUACCCUUCCCCUUCGCUUGUUCCAUCGCAGCUGUCAAACGUCUGAUUGAAAGCAGUUUGAGGCAGUGCUCCAUGUUGUUUUGCUUAGGUGGUGCACUAUACAACCAAUAAAUGAAUUAACAGUUAUAAUUAGUGUGGAAAGUGGAGGUACACUGAAGCACAGAACAAUAGUUUGUAUGCUGUGGUCUGUACCAACUCUGAAACUAUGCAAAUAUCUGGAAAGCCCCAGGUGCUUUUACAGUCUGUGAAAACUGUGGUGAAUACGUUCUUUUUAAUCAGACUGAAACUAACUCAGAUAAGUCACUUUUAAAUAUAAAAUCUGUACAAAGGACAAAGCAGGGCAUGUUGGAGCUGCUGCUGCUCUGUAUGAGAGUGAGGCACAUAGAUUCCUAUCAACUAGAAAAGGGACACACUUCUCCACAGAAUGACUCUAGGUGGAAAUAUGAGACCCGCAAAAUCAUGUAGUACUCAGGCCAUACUGUUCCUCAGGGUCAAGGGGCUCGUGUGUUCAGCUUCCUUCCCUAUUGCAAAAUGCAGUGACCUGUCCCUUCUUCCUGUCAAUUUUCUGAUUAGUGGUACCUUUUUGUGUGGAAGCCUUGGUAGAACAGUGCUGAGAGAGGCUGCUCUGGAAGCUGGAAAGCCAGCCUCCCUCUCCUUUUCCAACAGGGGCAGCUUUGAAGAUUGGCUCAAUUAUUUAUUUUUACCUAAUGUGAAGAAAAGCCAAGGUGAGCAAAAGAGGGGGAAAUGCAAUUUAUGCAGCACAGCAAUAGCCCUAGGAGUCACAUGAUCAGCUUUAGGACUGAUCCAAGAUACUCAGCUGAGGGCAGAAAAGAUAAAUGGUGCUUUAUUUCCUUGCUGGUUGGGGCUGAAGAGACCUUGUAGCUCAAAACAUCUAGAGGACACCAGACUGGUGAAGGCGGAUAAUUAUUUUUACAGAUACCUCCCCCUUUUCAACAUCUAGGACUUGUUCGCAGCUUACAAUGAUGAAAAUAUAAAUGAAAACCUCAAAAAUUUAAUACCUCAGGGGUUUAAACAAAGAACAUAGAACAUUUUAAAACAUCAGAAAAGCAUUCAUGAUGCAAAGUCCUCCUGAAAUAAAACAAUGUUAACCAGGCAUCUGGAACUCAGGAAAAAGAGUUUGACAGAGUUGGGAUCACAGAACUGAAAGCAUAACUUCAAGUUCUCAUUGAUAUAAGUCAUGCAUCUGGUCCAUGGUGGACCACUAAUAGUGUUCCCCCAGAUGAUCUCAGUGAUUGACUUGGAGUGUACAGAGUAAGACAGUCUUUGGGGUGUCUUGACCUAAGUUAUUCAGGACUUUGUACAAGAACCUUGAACCUGACCUAGUAGCAGGUGGGUGUCAUGUGUUGCUGUUAGUCUUUCCCCACCACUAGUCUAGCUGCAGCAUUCUGCAUUAGCUGGAGCUUCUGGAUCAGACCCAAAGGCAGUGCCAUGUUGUGAUCCAGCCUAUGCAGCUCUCGUGUUCUUAUUGCACAAUGCAUUUUGGGGAAUGGCCCUGUGGUCAGUGAACGGGAGACCCGAAUCUUCUGACUUUUAACAGUUGUGUGGAAAGGGGAAUUUCUGCAGGUGCAGCCCUUUGCACCCCUUGUCAAUCUGUCCCACCAAAAUUCCUUCUGCUGCACAACUGUCAAAGAUAGCAGAUCACCACCCUCCUUUCAAUAUGAUCGUCGUGAUUUUAUGCUUUGAAUAUUACCUGAUGCUGAAGCAGAUGUGUGGGUCAAUUUCUGUUCUGUGUCGUGAUUUAUGUUUAUGAACAGUGCUUUUUUCUGGGGGAACGCAGGGGUACGCAUACCCCUAAACAUUUUGUGAAUCUAAGUUUGGCCUCAUUGAGGGGCAGUAUUUCAAUAUGAGUGGGAAAAUGAGAGUACCCCUUUAAAAAAAAUUGAGAAAAUAAGCACUGUUUAUGAGUAUUGAGAUUUGUUUGCAAAUGUAAGGUUUUGCGCUGGGGCAAAAAGCAAGCAGGAAGAAAAGUAGCCCGACUUGGACUAUGUUCAGGAGAUAGCAACCUUGGUGUUAUCUCCACCAAAAACUGUGGCAUUCAGUACAGUUUCUAUACAAAACAGCCUCUGUUUCUUCUCAUGUUUGCAGUUGCAAACAAACACUAUCUGGAACUGCACAGAGGCCUUGCAGCAGAAAAAUCAUGGGUGUGGAAAGGAUCAAGCACCCCAGACCCAGGGGCAUAGGAAGGGGGGUGCAGGGGUUGCAGUCCACCCCAAGUGUCACCCUGAGGGGGGGGGGUGACAAAAUGGCGGGCAGCACUCACUGCGGGUCCUGCAGCACGCCUGAGCCAUACGUCUCGGGCAUCCGCAGGCUCCGUGCUGUCUGCCUGCUGCCUCUCCCCCGGCUGUAGUGGGGCCAAGGGCGCGCGCGCGCAGCUGGGUCAUUAGCCCCACCCCUGUGGGUGGUUGGCACCCCGCCCCAGGUGCCGAAGAGGUUUCCUACACCACUGCCCAGACUCUCCCCCCACAACUGUGUCUGUUGAAAAAUUGUAAUCUUCUGAAGCCGUUGGAGUUAUGUUUCUCUUAUUUUGUUACACUUCUUUAGUUCCACCCCAGUAAUUAAAAUAAUGCUUUUAUUAUUAUUAUUUUGGUUUGACUCUUAGCUUUCCCUGGAUCUCUACCACACAGAAGAUGAUAUUUAUAAGCUCUCACUGGUGCUCGAGCCAAGGACUUCAAAAUCAGUAUGUAACUUUUUAGGGUUUAGGAGUGUUAUAACUUUGUAAUAUACUUGGUUUUUUUUUAGUAAUAUUUACUUUCUUAUUUAUUUAAGAAAUGCUUAUCUGUCAGGAAGAUCCAGCACUACUCCCCCCCCCCAUUAAUAUUCACAGCAGGAUGGGAGGGAAUGCAAAAUGAUCCGAAGUGACCUUAUCUUACUUUUGUUUGAGAAAUUGGGGAGGGGGAAAUGUUGGAAGUAAAAUUGCAUUGCUGCAUACGCAAUUGAAAAACGAAAUGUGCUUCCUGCUUCAGAAGUUUUGCCGUUUUUGAUUGUCGAUACUUUUUGUUUAUUUAUUGCAUAUUCACCUGUGCCCAACACUCUAGAGUAGAAUGUCACUGAUUAUUCAUUGAUUACCAGGCACCCUGGACAGUGAUGGCAUUGUUGAAGGUCACUGCCUUGUUGCCGUUUCAUUCUUCCAUUGUAGUAAUAUGCAAAGGAAUCGGAGAGAGAAGGAAACAGAGUCACAUUGUUAAAAAACAAACAGACACAGGGUGGGAUUCAACCAAGCGGUUUCUGUAGUGCAGCAGAGGUUUUCCCGCCUCUCCUCCCCCCAUUGCCAGUUGGAGGGGGGACCCAGGAGAGCAUGUGGGGGUGGGGGAGUGGAGAUCAUUCUGUCAGGCAAGCAGAAACACUUGUGCCGAUGGAACAAUCAUAUUAGUGUGAUGUUGUAUCUUCACUGCAGCCAUUCCUUCUGGUGCAACGUUAUCUUCACUUGUGAUCUAUUUCUUAGACUAGAACUUAAGUAUUGCACUACUAUAAGGGGUAAUGACUUAUAGCCUAUAUCUCAUGUGAAAGUUGAAACACAACUUUGGACUCGCUCUGCAGCAAGCUGCGCAUCCUUUAAGAAGUUAUGUGCUGAAGUUCUCACUCUGGGCCAGCAGGGGGAUACUGUAGAUAGUUUUCACUCAGGUCCACAUAUGCAAAUAAGGGAUUGAAAGUGACGUUCAGUGAUUGGAUAGUUACAGAAAAUGGUUACUGUUGCGUUCUAGUGGAGCUCUAUAUAAGGAGGCUGGCUGAACCCUUCAGUUCAGUUCUGUUCUGGCCUGUGAAUAAACAAGAGCUGUUUGAAGAAUCGCUGUGUCGUCUAAUAUGUUCACCCACAACUUAACAGAAGUCACCCACAACUUCAUUCACAGUGAGUCCUAAAAAUGCUUUUUUAUUUUCUUUGUUAGCAGCCUACCUCUCCAACAACCCCUAACAAGACAGUGGUGCCACUUGAAUGGGCGUCCGGAGUCAUACCGAAACCUGACCCGAACCUUAUUAACAAACACAUCCAAAAACUAGUUGAUGUAAGUAUUUGAGAGAGUGCUCAGAAUGACUUGUGUGGCUGCUCAAGGUAUACAUGGGUGUCAGGCAGGUGCGGGAAACCUUUGGCCUGCUAGAUGUUGCUGAACUACAACUCCUGUCAUCCCUGGCGAGGCUUAUCAGGGCUGAUGAGAGUUGUAGUUGAGCAGCACCUAGAGGGCCAAAGGUUCCCCACUCCUGGCGUCAGUGAAGGAUUAGGGAUGCAGUCCCUCAACAUGCAUAGGAUUGUCUAGCAUAGUAUGUGAAUGUGCUGGUGCAGGCUUAAAACGUAAAGCACAGUUUUACAAGUUGAAAAACUUAUUUCCUGUUAUUAUAUUUGAAAAUCAAUCAAUUCCAGUGGUAUGAGCUAUGACUGGCAAAUCGGUCAUGGGAUGUGCAUGUUCUUAGGGCUGCUUCGCAAGCAAGAAUAUGCUACAUAGGUAGAAAGCCAUAUAGAAACCAUGGGCAUGUGCUGUUGCGCAUAGGUUCACUUCAGCACAUGUGGUAUCUACUCCUCUCUCACCAUAAAUCAGAGGCAAUGUAUAUUGCUUUCGCAGGCAGUGUAUGUGGUGUGACAUAUACUGCACCCCAUAUACUGGCAUAUACUGACCCAGAACUGCAUCAUAUGCCUUCAGCCUAUAGAUGCUGCCACUAUACAAUUAUAUCUUCCCAUCAUAUGCGCUCAUGACAAACAGAUGUGUGUGCAUGUUCAUCACAUGUGAUGGUGUGCACAUGAUAAACAUAAAGUUCUUUUUAGACAGAAUCUAAAUUCAUGUGGGAAAUCAUGCCUAAAGCACACUGUGGAAGUGAGGACUAAUGCACCCUAUAAUUUUCACUCUACAGGGUCCAAUAGGUCUAAUUGGCUACAAACAUUGUCAAAGAGGAGUCAAUUUCAGGUGGCAAUUCCAUCUGCACUGAGGUGCCAAGGUGCCCUCUGGUCAAACUUCUAGGUAGCUGGCCAGAAGCAUUGUUGGCAGGAAGGAGUUUCAGGACUUCUGUGCUGAGAUCCAGAUCUCCUCCCCUUUCCCCAAACCUAGAAGCUUAAGUUUUUUUGUUUUUGUUUUUACUUCUCGCAGGGGUGAUGAACCUGUGGUCCUUCCGAUGUAGUUAAACUACAACUCCCAUCAUCGCUAGCCUUGGUCAUGCUUUCUGGGGCUGCUGGGAAUUGGAUCCAACACCUACCAGAGGACCACAGGCUCCCUACCUUAUAGGGUGGCUUGGUGCUCUAGGUGAGAUCCCAGCCCUGACAUCUUAAUUUGCCCGGAAGCAUCUAUACAUAUACAGUGGUACCUCUGGUUACGUACUUAAUUCGUUCCAGAGGUCUGUUCUUAACCUGAAACUGUUCUUAACCUGAAGCACCACUUUAGCUAAUGGGGCCUCCCGCUGCUGCCACACCGCUGCUGCACAAUUUGUUCUCAUCCUGAAGCAAAGUUCUUAACCCGAGGUACUAUUUCUGGGUUAGCGGAGUGUGUAACCUGAAGCGUAUGUAACCCGAGGUACCACUGUAAAUUGGCAUGUGCAAUUUUUUCUGCAAAUCUGGAUCUGGGCUCCAAAUUCUUUAAGGAUCUAACCAUAUCCCUGGCAGCAUGUAUGAACUGCAGCUCCUUUAUUACAAACCCCCACCAUUAACAACCCCCAAUCACCCUGCGGGGUUGGAAAGCACAGUAUUUAAAUUCCAUAAUGAAUAUAUAAAUGUAUUUACCUUUCUGUUGGUGGGCCUUUAAGCAGAAGUUCACUUACUCCGCAGCUGACCUACAGAGUCCUCACCGAUAGGAUCCAGGGAUCAGGUCCAAAUUACCUCUGAGUAAAUGUGAAGGUUUAUCUUUCAUCCUCGGUUGCACAGAGUACCACAUUGUUGGUGUCACCUCUGAUAAGGCCCUGCUCCUGGUAGACUCCUGCUCAACUCAAGUCAGCAAGGACACCCAGAGUAGGAUCUUAGAUUGGUGAAUGAAGUGCACAGGAGAGUAUAUAUUGGGGAAGGGGGAGGUGUGUUUUCAUUUAGUGGUUAGUUGAAUCAUCUUUCAGUAUGAUACAGACAUAUCAGUUCUUGAUAUGAAUCAGUUGUUAGAAGCUGGUUUUUGCUUUAAGAUAUUGGGCAUAUAGUACCUGACCUUCAGUAAUGUUCUUCAUUUAAUGGUUGCUAUCAUUAUACUUGGCUUUGAUUUUAAGGGAAAUUAUGUUGUCAUAAUCUAUUGCUCUUUACUUUACAUUGUAUAAUUUUCUUGCAUUUUUCAGUCUGUUUUUAGGAACUAUGACCACGACCAUGAUGGCUACAUCUCUCAAGAAGACUUUGAAAGCAUUGCAGCUAAUUUCCCUUUCCUGGAUUCAUUCUGCGUAUUAGACAAAGAUCAGUAAGUGGUCUUGCUCCUGUUAUGCUUUUGCAGUGCAACCUUCUGCAAGUUUACUCAGAGGUGGCUCCCUACUGUGUUCCGUGGAGAUUACUAUCAAAUAAGUGAGCAUAGAAUUGAAGCCUUAAUUUAGAAGUGUCAAGAAACAAAUAGAAAUUACUUAAGUUUGUUUUAAUUUAUACCCAGCCAUAUCCAGAAUGACCAGGUGGGUGUUGGCGUUUCCUUCUCUCACUCAGAAUCUAAACAGCCCAUGGAAUGAGUGAUUAAUAUUCCCAUUUUACAUCUGAGAGUGACCACACAGUGCAAGCUGUUUAGUUCAGGGUCCAAACUCAGGUUCCGAUGCAUAUAGGUGAAUCAGAAGUGCUUAAGGGAUUGUGGCCACAUAGGUAGAACUUACCAUAAAUAGAAAGGAAAAGGAUGAGCAAUACUCGCAGAAUGCCUGUUAUUAAACCUGGGUUGUUCCUACCCUACCAUUCCAAGUGGGACAGAUUUCCACUCAUACAAGUAGACUUUCCCUUCCUUUUUUACCGCCGGGAAGAAUUUGGGAACCCUGUGGAGUAGAUUGAGGGACUGCAGGAGGGAAAAGAAAGUCCCAUUGUGCUCGUGAAAGUCUAUUUGCGCAGCAUUGGAUAUAACUCGCUGAAUAUUUCAUGAAACUCUGCAUCAUACAUAAGUUACAUGGAACCGAUCACUCAUUGAUCAGUCACUAUGAGGACUGCAGGUGAAAAGUUUUGUUGUUCAGUAUCAUUUUCUAAAAUAAGAGAGACUAUGCCCAUGGAGAAGGGACAGGGUGCUCUGUUUAUCUGUUGCAGGGGCUGCCAAUGAGGUCCCCUCCAGACAUCGUUGGACUCCAACUCCCAUAAGCCCUAGCCAACCUGGGAUAAUAGCCAGUCAGGGAUAAUGGGAGUUGGAGUUGACCCAAUCUGUGGUUUAGAACUAACAGAUCUCUCCACCUCUUCCCCCCUUUUUUCUUUUGAAACAGGGAUGGCCUUAUCAGCAAAGGAGAAAUGAUGGCUUAUUUUCUGAGGGCCAAAUCACAGCUGCAGUGUAAAAUGGGACCAGGUUUUAUACAUAACUUUCAGGAGAUGACCUAUCUUAAGCCAACGUUCUGUGAGCAUUGUGCUGGAUUUGUAAGUAUGGAUUAGUGCAGUUCUAAUGUACUUGUGGGCUAAGACGUGUUUGUUUCUUCAUUUUUUAUAAUACACUUUUUAUCCUGCUCUGUUUCAACGGCUUGAAUAAAUGUAAAAAACAUCAACCGCGCACACAUUUGUUUUGUAGGAGCGUCUAAAUAGACCAUAUGAGAAUGGUAUCAAAAGUGAGGAUGACUGUAACUGAAGGCACUGGAGUCUGAAAUUGAGCCCUACAGUGCAGUCCUAGGAACAUAGGAAACUACCUUCCACUGAGUCAGAACAUGAGCCUGUCUAGCUCAGGGCUUCAGACAGGAAUAUUUCCUGGUCCUCCCUGGAGAUAUCAGGGAUUGGACUUGGGGCACUUUGCAUGCAUUUUUGCACUCUGACCUAUAGUACAGCGCUUCCUCUGUCUGUCUCAUACAUGCCUACUCAGAAAUAUGUCCCACCGAGCUCAUGGGACUCGGUGCCCAGGCAAAUGUGCAUAGCAGAGGUGGGGAAUCAAAUCCGGCCAUUGUAUGAAAUGGGUCAAAUUUGUCAGGUGGGCAGAACCACCCACCUGCUACUUACCUGACCUUACAGUGACAUCAGGUGAUAAGGUGCUUUCAAGUCCCCUGGUGCUUUGAGGUACCAAUCAGCUGACCGGGUCUAUUUGCAGUUGGCUCCUGCAUCAUAGCAGGGCUUGAACUGAGCACCCAUCAGCUAAUAGGGCACUCAGUUCAAGCUCCACUUUUCUGCAGGGGUCAACCGCCAAUAGCACGGCUGAUCCCAGUGAGCUUGAAUCAAAUGCCUGUCUGCUGGUAGGCACUCAGUUCAAGCCCUGCUUUUCUGCAUGGGUCGGCUGCACUAUGGAGUUCCUAUGAGAAAGUCAGUAGUGCAGCUGAUUCCUGCUGGCUUGCUGUUGCUGUCAAUCAGCUGAUUGGUUGUGAAAGGAAGUCUCCCUUGUCAAUGCCUUUUAAGGCUCCCUUUAGGGCUCCCAGUUAUGCAUUGGCAGAAGCAUCUCCACCUGCCCCUCACCUGAUGUCACGUAAGAUGUCAGGUGCAGGGCAGGUGGGUGUGGUUUGAAGGAACCGGCCCCGUGGGACAAAUUGGGAUGCUUGUGAGGCCUAAUUUGGACCAUGGGCUGGAAGUUUCUCAAUUUUGGUGCACAAAAUUGCAACUUAACUGCUGCUUUUUUAAAAAAAAAUUAAUCCCAAUUUUUUAGCCCAAUACAGUGGUACCUCCGGUUGCGGGUGGGAUCCGUUCCAGAGGUCCAGUCGGAUCCCGAGGUUUCCUCAACCUGAGGACCGCUUCUGCUCAUGCAUGUGUGGCAAAACCCGGUAAAAUACUUCCGGGUUUGCCGCACGUGCAUCCCGAAGUUUACGCAACCAGAGGGUUACAUAAACUGAGGUUCAACUGUAUGCCAAAAUUGAAUGAAUUAAAAAUGUAGAAAUAAACUGUCUAUAUGUUAACAGCUUAAAAUGUAGCUAGGUUAUUCUUUUUCUCAAUUCAAAUCGAAAAUGGUUUGGUGGGGAAACCAUAUCAAAAUGCAGUAUUUUAUAAGAGAUGAAUUGUAGCAACUGUUGUGUACACCACUUUCCAGACCACAGUGAGAGUGUGCAGGAUUGUGUAUCCAGCCCAGAGUCCUUAUGGUGAUCUGUUGAGUCAGUUCUCCUGUGCUGCCUCACUUGUUGGUCCUGGAAAUGGCGAGGGCCAGUGUGCUGCCUUGAGCCUCACAGAUGAAUGGAGAGCUCUUUCUAACAGGAAGGGUGUUGCGAGCAGUAAUUUCCUGUUUGCACUUUUGUAGCCUUUUGUUCCUGCCUUUAUAAUGAGGUUGUUUUCUUUCUGGCUUUCUUUUUUAUACCUUUUUAUACCUUUUGUCUUUUAAUUGCAGCUGUGGGGUAUAAUCAAGCAAGGAUACAAAUGCAAAGGUACUGUAAAUAAUGUGUGGCUGCCGAUUGCAAGUCAUAGCCCCUCCAGUUUGUAACAUAAUGAAUCUCUUAAUUGCUGGCAAAUGAGCAAUGCCACAUACAAUGCACUUUCGACCUCAUGGAUCUAGAGCAGUGGUUCUCAACCUGUGGGUCCCCAGAUGUUCUUGGACUACAACUCCCAUCAUCCUUGAACUCUGGCCUUGCUAGCUAGGGGUGAUGGGAGUUGCAGUUCAACAACAUCUGGGGACCCACAGGUUUAGAAAGGCUGAUCUAGAGAGUUAGGUGCAGUGCAGUCUUAUGCAUAUUUACAGAGACGUAAGUCCCACUGUGGUCAGUGGUGCUUACUCCAAGGGAAGUAGACAUCAGGGCCGUCUUAAGCAUAUCCGGCGCCGUGGUGCAAAGAUCCCUCAGGCUCCCCCACCCCACCCCCCGUUUCCCAGAGUUGUCGACCUUUUCCCAAGCCUCUGCGGGGAUCUCUCUCCUCCUGCGGAGGCUUGGGAAGGAAGCUGCACGCCCGCCAGCCAUAUGGUUGGCAGGGCACAGCUGGUGGGCGUGCAGGGAAAGGGGAGGCCGCCGGCAAAGCCGUGCAGCUCCCCCACUCGCUGGGGCGCCCCUGAGAGGCCAGCGCCCUAGUGCAACACACCAGUAAGCCCAAUAGGAAAGACAGCUCUGGUAGGCAUAGCACUGCAGCCUUAAUCACUCGCAGGCUGAAAAACUAUUUUCAUUCUUCAGCUCUUCAAUUCAUUUUAACACUCAGCUUCGUUUAGAUGCUGUUCACCUUGUCAGAUGCUGUGCCACUGACUGUUGUUCUUGCUAUUAGUGAAUUCAGAUAGUGCAUGCCAAAAUCUAUGUGGCCAAUAUGGAGCAACUGAGAAACAAGAGGGAAGCAUGUUUGGGGAGUUGUGAAGUUUGCAAAUGUACAAAAUAAGCCUUCAAAAACAACAAGCCUUUGGGGAGGAAAAACCUCCCUGAAACAGCCCAGUGGGGACAGAGCAUGUGCCGUAGUCACAAGCUGAUAAAUAUCAGUCGGAAGAAAGAAACCCAAACAGAAAAUUGGGGUGGGGUGCAGGGUGGAAUAGUGUAUACCUGUGAAGGGCAUGUACGGCUGGCCCACACCAUAAAACAUGCACUGCGACAUUUUGUUGCAGCUCUUGUUUGUUUGUAAUUAAUGGCAUGUUCCAGCUGAAAUUAAGCUGCAGUGAAAAAUCUGGCAUUUCAAAGUGCUUAGACCUUGUACCCUGCUUAACAUCUCCCGUAAUGGUGUGUGCAUUGAAAAGUAAUUCCAGCACAUUGGAAGGACGCUUGGCUACUAAUGCUCUGGCUUGGCCUUUUGUGACCCUAUUAAGUAAUCACUAACACCAAGACUGGAACUGCAUGUUACAAAAAGCCUGACAAAUAGGUUUUCUUAGGAAACACCACUUUUGGAGUGGAGAAACAGUGAAGGAAGGGGGGGGGGAGUUUCUCUUCCUCCUGCAACCUUCCAGUUUCAAAUCAGCUGCUUUUCCCCCUCUGAAGCUCCAAACUCUUUGGAAAGGGUUCCCCAACAACUUUCCCCUUCAUUUUAUGUCUGUCAUGUUUGUACCUGUCAGUGCUGAUCAUAGUUAAUAAUGAUAAAGAGCAUUCUCAUUGCUUCACAGAAAUAAUAAUUUGUAUGCAGCCCUAGAUUCUAUUCUAGUGUGACAUUUCAUGCUUGGCUUCCACUCACAUCAUGCCACUUACGUGGAAAUUCCUCAGACAGACUUUGAAAGCUUUUGCAGAGUUGAAUUCUUUUUGUCGUUGUUUGCAUCUCUUUGGAAACUGUAGUUUGCCAGAUCCAAUUUUUCUUUUCUCUGGCAAUUUAUUCCAGAUUGCGGUGCUAACUGUCAUAAGCAAUGCAGAGAUCUUCUAGUUCUAGCCUGCAGGAAGUUUGCCAGAGGGAUGUCACUGGGUAGCAGUCACGGUUCUUUGCCUAAUAGCCCAUCAUUGCCAGCAGGUAAGAGAGGACAACAAUGGGUUGUUGAACAGUUUCCCUUGUUGCGCAACAAUUUAUCACAUGAGUUUCCAAGAAUGCAGUAGCCAUUGCUUUGAUAAAGCAAGAAGCUUCUUUUAUUCCCAAGGAUAUCCUCAAUAACCUCUCUCCCACAAUAAAUAGCCCUGAAGUGAGAUGGAUGGAGUAUCCUCUCCAGUGAGAUGCAUGUGGCCCAAUUUGCACAGCUGAUCCCAAAACCUCACUUCCAUGUGUUUGCAUGUGAGGCUCCAUACCAGAGUAGUGACCUUUGCCCGUGAAACCACACAACUUGCUCAAACCACAUGAUCAGCACUGCCCUAAUAAUUUAAGUGAAAUUGUGAAUAUUUGAAACACCAUUGAGAGAGCCUGCAGACAGCCUGUUCCGCCCAUUUGGGGACGUUUUCAGGUCAGGUCACUUCUGAGUUCGGUAUGAUGCACUUGUAUGUGGACGUGUACAUAUCAGACACGCCUAAAAUGGUCUCAGCCUGUACUUCUUUAGGCAGCACGAAGCUAAUCUGUGGAACUCCCUUCCACAAGAAGCAGCAAUGGCCACCAAGUGGAUGGCUUUAAAAGAGGCUUAGACAAAUGCAUGGAGGCCAUCAAUGGCUACUAGCCAUGAUGACUGUUCUCUGCCUCCACAGUUGGAGGCAGCAGGGCUCCUGAAUAUCAGUUGCUAGAAACCACAGGAAGAGAGAGUGCUCCUUACCAUCAGAAAGUGCUUCUGAAUGUUUAGUUGGAAUCGCCGUUCUUGUAACUUGAAUGCAUUGGUUCAAAUCCUAUACUCUGGAGCAGGAGAAAACUAGCUUGCUGCAUCUUCCAUGUCACAGCCCUUUAGAUAUUUUAAGAUGGCUAGCAUAUCUCCUUUCAGUCUCCUCUUUAUCAUGCUAAACAUACUUAACUCCCUCAACUGUUCCUCAUAAGGCUUGUUUUCCAGACCUUUGAUAAUAUUGUUUGCCGUCUUCUGCACAUGUUCAAUAUCCUUCUUAAAGGUCUGCCCUUGAUCAGGACCCUAUACUUCUGUUGAUGCAGCCUAGAAUAGCAUGAGGGUUUUUUUUUGCUGCUGCAUCACACUGUUGACUCAUGUUAACCUUGUGGUAUACAUGUGGUCUACAUUCUGGCUGGGGCUGGUGGAGAACAGCUGGAAGGCCAUGGGUUCCCCACCCCUGCUAGGAAAAGGUGAUUGGUUUGAAGGAGACAAUGUUAUUAGUAAAAUUAAUCUCUGCUUCUUUCUUCCCCUUUGUAGUGCAAGGUGAAGUAUUUAACUUUCCUAGUGUAACUCCACAAAAUCAGGAUCUAGACAGCAGAGCAAUCACACUCGUCACUGGCAAUUCUCGAAAGAUUUCGGUCCAUCUACAGCGGGUAACCACCAGCCAAGCAACCCAGACAGAGCCGCUGUGGCAUGAGUCUGGUUGGGGAGAUUCAGGACCACACACCUUCCCCAAAAUGAAGUCCAAACUCCAUGGGAAAUCAGGAAAGAAUAAAGGCUUUGCAAAGUGGGAGAAUGAAAAAUCGAACAUUCAAGCCAAUAUGGACACUGCAGUAGGAACUACAGCACAUGUAUUGGACCAGAAUGGAACAGAAACGCUCCUAGAAAGACAGGAAAUGGAGGUGGGUUAUAGGAUGUCGUUAAACGUUUACUGUCAGGGCUUCUGUGUUUUCUCUGAAGUGCUACAAUUCAAGUCGUGCCUAAGAAUUUUCUUAGAUGGGGCAGGACAAAUGCUCACCAUUCAAGACCAUGAGCAUUAACUUAAUUUAUCUGUGGAAUUUUUUUGCCACUGUGGCAGUUGUGCAUCCUGUUAUAGGUAAAUACGCAUAUAGUUCAUGUUCUGAUCAAAAUAUUUAAAUAGAAUAAAUCAAAUUAAAGCAUGGCAAUUGGAAUACUGGCUUGAGAGUUAAUUUGUAUAACCUAAUGUCACAGGGUGCAGCUUUUACUGGUUCAGACUGCCUGGUCACUUUAUAUAUAAAAAAACCUCUUCUCAUAGCAUUGUAUGAGCCUAGAUUAUUUUGCUCCCCAGGGGUUGGGGAUGGAUUUUUGUUAUUGAUUUUUAACAUCAGGUAGCAUGAUUAAUUUGUAAUCCAGCAUAUGCCACCUUGGCAUCCUGUUCGCAUCCAGAGGUACCUCUGUAUUAAGAACUAAUAUAUGUUAUCUCAUUUUUUGUUUGUUACAGGCUAGUUGAGUGGCUGCUGCUGCUGCUGCUGCAAAGCUGGAAGAUAGUUCAAGGAAGUACAAUGUGAUAUUCCAUAAAUUGCCAGAUUUGGUUGAACAUCAUUCCAUUGUCAAAUUCAGCAGUUUGGUUUUUUCCAAAAUCACCUGUGAAAGAAAUUUAAUGACAGUUACCGUAUUUAUUUUUGUUCACAUAGGUUAAGUAGUUUGAUCAGUCUUGCACAGACAGAAAACAAAGGAGUGUUAUAGCUCCAGCGUAUCAUUAUUUGUUUCUAUUUCUCCGGCAACUGUGGUUCCAGACUAUUUCACCAGCAAGGACACCUUGGCAUCUGCAGCAAUCACAGUUGUGGAAAUCUGCCGGGCACAUGUUAAUAUUUUGGUAUAUGUUAAUGUCACACGUUCCGAUAUGGACAAUGUGCUUUCCCCAGUUCUUUGGGGAAUGCAGUAUGAGACCGCAUUCUUUGUCUGGCACUGACAGCUACGUCAUAAAUGGGUGGCACUUGAAGACUUGCACAGCCUAGAGAUUCUCUUAUCACAAAGAAUACCUCUGCACAGUCAUUUCAUUUCCAGCUUUCGCCAGAAUGUUUUGUUUUGUCCCCACCCCAACGAAGUUUGGAAGAGGUUUACAUUUUUCUCCAUUAAAUUUGUAACAAGCUACUGUUGUGUGUGCUACAAAGUCUCCCAGCAAUAGUUCACUGGAAGAUGUCACCUUCAACAUAUACCAGAUGUGGAAAGGCUAAUGGAAUACAGGUGCUAUGAUGAGUCAUUGAAGGAACUGGAGAGAGAGAGAGAGAGAGAGAGAGAAGACUUUUCAAGUGCUAUGCCUUAUGAUGAAGGAUCAGGUAGUACACAUUUUAGUUUAAUGGUUACUGGUGUUUUGUUUUUACUCUUUUCAGCACACUAGAAGUUACCUAAAUAAAACACUUGAUUUCAUAAAA